AUGGCGUUUACUUUCAAUACACUCUACUUAGACUGUCUGUCCGAAGAAGUGCUACUGAUGAUUUUCCAAUACAUCACAGAUUUAAAGGAUUUGUUUACUUUACGUCUGCUGAGUGAACGUAUCGCUGCUGUUGCCCAGGACAUGUCAGUGGCUCAUACUGUCAUCUGCACUAGACACUAUUGGCUGAAGACUGGUAUGUUGAAAAUGUAUAUUGAACCUAUCCUUAAUAAGAUGCAUACUCUUGAUCUCAACUAUUGCUAUUGGAUAAAUCUAGAAGAGCUGACCUGUUUACUGAGAUGCACAAAUCUCCGCUCGCUGCAUCUGAUGCAGGUGAAAAUAGACGAGGUCUCUCUUUGUAAAAUGUUAUCCCAGCUACCUCACCUGACCAGCUUGUCCAUUUCUAUCUGUGACAUUGAAAAGUUUAAUCAGGAAGUGACCGGUUGCAAGGCAGUCCAGGAGUGCUUGUCUCGGAUCCGCAAGCUGAGCAUUCACUUCUGGAACCAUAAAAAAUACAAAAAGGACAAUUGUGAACAGUUAGUCAGAUUUGGCAGCGGCUCUAGUUUUGUGGACUACUUUCACAGCCUGGAGGAACUCUACGUGUACGGCAGCGCCGACAACUCCAGGUGCUUCCCCUUGUAUUACUUCACUCCUUUAGUGAAAAAUGUCAACAGUCUGAAAAACAUGAGGGUGAUGUCCCUUAACAACUCGUAUGAUGACGCUUCGACAAUACUGUUUUACAGUCUUUUACGCUCUGUCUGCAAGGUGGGGGUCCAACUGAGUACGUUGCUCCAACCAACGUACGAUUGCAAUCUAGAGUGGAAGGAGGCUGAUUACCUGGAUACGAUGGAUGACAUGAACACACUUGUUCACUUGGACAUAUCUGGAUCACAACAGAGGAUCGAUGACGGUAUUUUCAACUUUACAUCAGCCACUCAUCUCCAGUAUCUAAACCUGUCAGGGAACAAUACAGUAGAUUCUGAAAGUCUGUUAUUUCUGUCACGCUGCUGCCCACAGCUAGUCAGCAUCAAUCUUCACAGUUGCCCCAGUAUAUUUUUGAGGCAUGCAUUGGGCUAUUUGGGCCGAGACUUUAACAACGAUCCAUUGGUCAAAGACCUGACCGGCUUCCAGAGUUUACUAGUCCAGUGUGUGAAAUUAGUUCACUUAAACAUAAGUGGCUAUCACAUUCAUCUAACAGACUUGAACUCACCAUCCUUCAGCAGUAUCACAGCGCUCCUGUCUUUAAAACCUAACUUAAUAAGCCUUUCCUUAUCACACUGCUGCCUGUACACUGGAGACAACUGCCCAAGUUCAGACUUACGUGAUCCAAAAUUCAGCACUCGAUGCAGUUCGUGCUACUUACCUGUAAUAGAUGGUUCGGGCUCUCCCAAGUGCACAUACAAAGCCACGCCAGAAAAGUUUGACCUUCAAAAGCUCAUCAGAGCUACCCCAGAAAUGGAACACUUUGAACUCUAUGCAGCCUAUCACCAGUCUAAUUUCAACCAUCCUUCCGGGUUGCUUCGACAUCCCCGCAAUGUGUCCCAGUGUCUAGCCGCUGUGAUUGUGCCUAAUGAUGAUCUGAGUUACGUGGGUCUUUGGAAUAAACUGAAAACACUACGGCUUACGGGUCUCAAAGGCGACAAGCUUGCAGAUUUUUUCACAUCAAUCGCUGGAGGGUGUGUAUCCCUUGAAAGCUUGUCCAUCUCAAGCACCUGCUCUACAAAAGUGAGAAAGCUGAAACGAUUACCAUGCUUUCCAAAAUUGAAGGACUUCCGACUGGAACAUCCGUACUUUCCGGUGGACGAAGAAAUGACCUCAUCGAUAGCCCAGUGGCCGAAACUUGAGAGAGCCUGCAUUAUCUCCCACAUCGAAAACAUCAACAGCUUCGCCAUCAAGCAGCUUUUAACUAACGUUCCAAGAUUGGCGAACUUUCAGCUUUUUUCUCAUGCUUCCGAGAGGAAGUGCUUCAACCUAAUGGCUUACAUAUCAGAAAAGCUCAGUCAGAGUCGUCCUGACCUCUCUGUAUGUAUCUGUAACCUGCGUACAGUCGAUCUGGAGCUUAUGAUCACAGAAUAUCUACCUGAAAUACACAUCGAAGAGAUGACCCUCCUUCGAUCAAGAGUGGCUACUUCACCUCGCGAGUAG